AUGGGGCUACAGGCGGAUAUGCUAGUGAACGUUCGAGUUCAGGGUGAUGUGUUGGUGAACGACUACAGCCCGCAAGUGGUAGAAAUUGUUCAGGUUGCAGAGCACAUUCUUGUGUCUCUCUUCACCAUCGAGAUCACUGUGCGGCUAAGAGUCUUUGGGAUCAGCAACUACUUUGAUAUCAGGACUGCAGAAGGUUGGUUCAAUUUCGUCGACGCGAUCAUCGUGCUCCUUUCUGGGGUCGUCUCCGGCUGGAUCAUCCCUUUGUUCGCUCUGAUCACCCAGACGGAAAUGAACGCAGACUUCUUGAGCACGUUGUCGGUCUUCCGAGCCUUGCGACUGCUGCGCAUCGUCCGAGUGAUCCAGCGGAUGCCCAUGUUCCGGGAAGUUUGGCUCCUUCUGAAGGGUCUCACGAGUUCGCUCCGCACACUGGUUUGGACCGUGAUCGUGAUUUUCGUUCUGACGUAUUUGUUUGCGAUCCUCGGGUGUCAGACCAUCAGCCGAGAGAUGCUGGCACAAAUUCCUGGAAAGGAGGAGGAUGAGCUGGCGAAGCUGCUGGGAGUCUAUGACUAUGUCAAGGGCAUUGGGCCACUGAUGCAGUUGUUGAUCCAGUUCCUCACCUUGGACUCUUGGAACUCGAAGAUGGACCAGAUCAUCCCGUAUGCGAAUGGAUGCAUCAUAUAUUUCUACAUGUACAUUGCAGUAGCCGUCUUUGUUCUCAUGAACUUGGUGACGGCCAUUAUCGUUGAAAACGCCAUGUCGACGUCCAAGAUGGAUGAGAAUGAGAAGCUCAAACAGAUGGAAGAUAUUAAGAAGAAAGAGCUCAAGGAGUUGGAGCACCUCUUCUACCUCAUGGAUGCGGACGGGGAUGGCACGCUUGACUGGGAAGAGUUCGAGAAUGCCUUCUUGGACGAAGAAAUGAGCCGGAAGUGGCGGCUGCUCGACUUUGGGCCAGACGAGUGUAAGGAGCUCUUCGAUCUCCUGGACGAUGGGGACGGAGGUAUCCACACUUCCGAGUUCUUCCAUGGCCUGGCAAGGAUGAAAGGAGGUGCCCAGUCCAGGGAUUUGAUGCGCGUUGGACAGCAAGUCGAUCGUAUUGGCAAAGAAUUGGACAAGCUCAUCGAAGCAUGGAAGACCGAGAGACGAAGCAACCAAAUUGACAGCGCGACUGCAUCCGAACUAGGUUCUCGAAGCCGCAACGACAGUGGGAGCGAGAUCUCAGACAUCUUUGACAAGAAGAAGAAAAGGAACGCCAAAUCACCCAAGUUGGGCAUUGACGAGGCGCGGAGGCGGAUGGCGCAGAGCAAAGCCUUCGGCGUCCCGACGCAUACAUCCAGUGUCCGCUCGGUGGAGGACAGGCCGAACCGAAUGACCUCAGAGGGCAGUGUGACCGGGGUCUCCGCCACCGGAGCGAGCGGAGCCAGCGGCGUCAGCGGAGCCUCGGGCGUGCAGACCGCUGGGCCGCUGGGCUUUUCCAUCCUCGCCGAGAAAAGGCGACCAAGCAGUUGGAAAGGUGGGACCGGAUUCGACGACGGAUCGAAGGGAUCCCUGACCUUCGAAGGGUGGAUUUUCAUCAGCCGCCCCGGCUACAAUCCAUGGGGCAGAUAUCGAGGCUCAGUGCUUCCCCUAGGAGCUCUGUUUGCAUUGCCCAGUACCUUGCUCACGGCUAUCCUGCACAUCACCUGGAAUCCUGACCUCAAGGGCGCCGACAACAACGAGGUCGGUCGCUUCGGUGAUGUUUGGACAGCCUACACCUUCUCGCUGGGCUUCUUAGUGGUGUUUCGCAACAACCAGGCCUACAGCCGCUUCUGGGAAGGUGCCAGCAAGGUGCACGAGAUCCGUGGCGAACUGUACAACUGUGCUUCGACAUUGGUGGCUUUUUGCUCCAACAAGCAGGAGAUGCAGGAGGAAGUCAGCAAUUUCCAGCAUUUCAUGAUACGCCUCAUCAGCUUGCUCUUUGCCACGGCUAUGAGUGAGAUUUGCUAUGACUCCGAAGAUGAAGGAGAGGAGCCCGACAGGCGUCAAGAUGUCAUGCAGGUGAUUGACCUGGAUGGCAUCGAUGAAAGCAGUCUUCGACAUUUACAAGAUGCAGACAAUUUCAACAAGACACCAAAGAGAGCCUCCACAACGAAUGCAAAGGAAGCUCCUCGCAAGAAGGGAUGCUCCCGGUGCGAAGUCAUUAUGCAAUGGAUCACAAAGCUGAUGAUCAAUAAUCUGUAUGCAGAUAAAACGAAUGAACAGGGAGUGCUGAAGAUUCCACCGCCCAUUCUCAAUCGAUCGCUCACGGACCUCUCCAAUGCCAUUGUGGACAUCUACCGCGUGCGCAAGAUACGCGAGGUGCCAUUUCCCUUUCCAUACUCGCAGAUGGUUAUCCUUAUGUUGACCGUUUACACUUUGGUGACGCCCGUCCUCAGCAGUCAACUCAUCGAGAACAUUUACAUGGCGACCAUGGCCACCUUCUGUGUGACGACGGCCUUCUGGUCCCUGUAUCAUAUUGCUGAUGAGAUCGAUCAGCCCUUCGGGACGGAUCCCAAUGAUUUGCCCAUGAAAGAAAUCCAGGAGGACUUUAACAACUCCUUGCUUUUCCUCAUGGAGGAGAAGACGCAAAUGGUUCCGAAAUUUACUCGUUGGAAAAGAGACAUGAGAAUCACACAUGUGGUCAAGCAUGACCACUCCAGCUGCCACGUUGGCAGCCCAGCUGUUGCGGCACUUCCACCCACCAAGAUUGGCAUCGAUCGGCCAGCGGAAGCUGUGAACGAAGCGGAAGCAGCGGCAUUCGCAUCGCAGCCCAGCGGGCUGACCCGGAAGCCGAAGGUGAGGAGGCAGCGCAGGGUCAAGUCGCAAAGUGAGACAGAAGCAGAGGCCCAAGCGACAUGGGAUGCUGCGUCCAGUGCAGCGGUGGUGGCCAUCGAAGAAGUCCAGAUGUCCGACGAGUCGGAGCGAUUCGUGGAGGAGCAAGCUGCGAAAUCGGGCUUGGAGGAGCAACAGUCCGUUGAAGAGCGCCGGCAUUCGGGCUCGUCGAUGAAUCCACCUCAGCUCAUGUCCCAUGUGCCCAUCGAUGGUGAUCGCGUGGUGCUUCUGGAUUACCCGGUGACGGCGGACGGUGAGGAGAUGACCGAGCGCAUGCGGACCUUUGUGGCGGAGUCCGACGGAGACGGCGAAGUCGUGUCUCGCGGACCUGUGGUGCUGGAGAUGUCCAGAUGA